CCUCUCCACAACGGACAAUUAAAGAUUCCCAGUCGGUGUCCGUUGUUGAGAGCUUUUACUGUUGUACGUAUUUCCAUACAGUGUGUUUAUUUUCUUGCUUGAAAUGAAUUGACGGUUAUGACGGUUAUGAGACCAGUGCGUCGGUGAUGAGCUUUGUGCUGUACGAACUGGCCGCCAAUCCCGGCGUCCAGGAGCGGCUGAGGGAAGAGGUGGACAAAGCGUUUGCAAAAAAUGGGACUUUACCGUACGAUGGCUUGCAAGAAAUCCACUUUUUGGACGCGGUUGUGAACGAAACGUUGCGUUUGCAUCCGCCACUGCAACACUUGCAGAAAAUCUGUACGAAAGACUUUACUUUCGUGACCAAAAAUACGAACAAAACGGUGACGAUUGAAAAAGGGACAACUACAAUAAUUCCGAUUUAUGGGCUUCAGCAUGAUUCGAAAUUUUUUGAAAAUCCCGAUUCCUUCCAACCGGAGCGGUUUUUGGGCUCUAAUAAGGAUAGUAUUGCCAAAGGGACGUUUUUGCCGUAUGGUGAUGGACCAAGGGCUUGUUUAGGGAUUAGGUUCGGUUUGUUGCAAAUUAAAGUCGGAGUGGCGUAUAUUAUCCACCAUUAUGAGCUGACUGUUAAUAAGAGGACCAAAGUGCCUUUGAAAUUUGUGGCUACAAGUCCUGUAACAGCGCCUGUUGGAGGGUUUUGGCUUAAUUUUAGAAAAUUAGACUAAGGAUUUGAAUGGAAUUUUUGGUACUAAUGUUAAGCACCCUUUUUUAUUUUUAUAAUCGUGCACUAUGUUCUGGUACAGUGAAUAAAGGAUUUGUUAAUAA